AUGCCUUCAGAUGAGGACCACGAUCGACAAUCCAGCGAACACGCCCGCGAGCCUACCAACAACGACACGAGCCAAAGCGACAAUGCCCUGGAGGCAUCUCAGCCCUCUGGCAAGGAUGCGCGCCCGAGCCUCAGUCUCCACGACCACGCACGGUCUCCGGCCACAAGUAACAGCGUAGAGGGACAGCUCAGCCCAGCUGCCACCGAUCGUGUGUUCCCCAUUCGCUCAGUCGUUUCCGUCAAUCCCACGCCUACGCCGACUGCAAAGGGGGAGAGAUCAGAAAGUUACUUUCAAAAUGCUGCUCAUUCACGGCGGUUGUCAUUCAACGCGGGGAGCGACAGCUCGUAUGGCAAUGGGCAUUCGAAAGCAGGCCGCACGAGCACAGAACGACAGAGGUCGCCUCGAGGGCGGGAAGGUUCACUGAGCAUGAGUCGACAAGCCUCCACUUCUACAACUGCUGAAUCCCAGGUUGCGUCCCCAGGCUUUCCUCCUUCGCAGCAGCUGAUCAAUGAGAUCAUCACCGAGACCGGGAGUGAUCGUUCCGCACCGCAGAGCGAACAUCCCUCCUCCAUUCGCCCUCCUUCUGUUAAGAGCACGAAGAGUAGCGUAGACGAUACCAGACCGUUGGUGACGGCACGCUUCAAACACAUUGUGUCCGACGGGGGCCAUGCAAUAAUCACCGGUAGGGACGGGGAGACGCUGCAACGUUGCGAAGACGAGCCCAUACACAUACCAGGUGCAGUGCAAGGCUUCGGACUGCUUGUAGCACUGGAAGAGCAGCAAGAGGGCAAGCUCCUGGUCAGGGUCGUCAGUGAAAACUCAAAGCGCAUGAUGGGAUACACACCACGACAGCUCUUCGCAUUGGAAAGCUUUACCGACAUCCUAUCCGAGGAACAGGCCGACAAUCUCCUUGACCAUGUCGACUUUAUCAAAGAUGACGAAGCGGACGUAUUGACCAAUGGUCCGGAGGUGUUCACCAUGUCAAUACGCAAUCCUCAGCGUAAGAACCAGAAGUUCUGGUGCGCGAUGCACAUCAACGAGCGUCACCCCCAUUUGAUCAUUUGCGAAUUCGAGCUGGAGGAUGAUCCCCAUAAUCCACUUGUGCCGCCGAAUGACAUGACACCUGAGCCUCCCGAGGAUACUCUCAACAGCAAGCCCACCGAUGAGGAGUUCAACGAGAGCACCCAAAAUACGAGCAAACCUCUGCGCGUGCUUCGGAGCGCUCGGAAACGCAAGGGCGAAGCAGCAGCAAUGGAGGUUUUCAACAUUAUGUCUCAAGUGCAGGAGCAACUAGCAGCUGCACCAAACCUCGAGAAAUUUCUCAAGACGCUGGUAGGCGUGGUGAAGGAGCUUACAGGCUUUCAUCGCGUCAUGGUCUACCAGUUCGACCAUCAGUGGAACGGCCGUGUUGUCACAGAAUUGGUCGAUCCCCGUGCGACCACUGACCUCUACAAAGGGCUGAACUUUCCAGCCUCGGACAUCCCAAAGCAGGCCCGAGAGCUCUACAAGAUCAACAAGGUUCGUAUGCUCUACGACAGAGACCAGGAGACAGCACGACUCGUGUGCAGAACUGUUGAAGACCUGGAAACUCCGUUGGAUCUUACGUACUCGUACCUUCGUGCGAUGUCGCCAAUUCACUUGAAGUACCUAGCGAAUAUGGCGGUCCGAUCUUCGAUGUCUAUCUCCAUCAAUGCUUUUAAUGAACUAUGGGGCCUUAUCGCGUGCCACACCUACGGUUCACGGGGCAUGAGAGUAUCGUUUCCAAUUCGCAAAAUGUGUCGGCUGGUCGGCGAUUCUGCGUCUCGAAACAUAGAGCGUUUGUCGUACGCUUCGCGUCUGCAGGCACGCAAGCUGAUCAAUACCGUCCCAACCCAAAGCAAUCCUUCGGGCUACAUUAUCGCAUCAUCCGAAGAUUUGCUGAAGCUAUUCGACGCGGACUUUGGACUGCUUUCCAUUCGAGAUGAAACAAAGAUCCUGGGUCAUCUGGAACACUCUCAAGAAGCUCUUGCCAUGCUCGAGUACCUGCGUAUGCGUUGUGUCACCAAUGUGAUGACUUCGCAAGAUAUCAAAGAUGACUUCCCGGAUCUACGGUACCCGCCUGGAUUUAGCGAGAUAGCCGGCCUGCUCCUUGUACCGCUAUCUGUCGGUGGACAGGAUUUCAUAGUGUUCUGCCGCAGAGGGCAGAUGAAAGAGGUGAAGUGGGCUGGCAAUCCCUACGAGAAGUUCGUGAAAGAAGGCACUGAAGGUUACCUUGAGCCACGGAAGAGUUUCCGCACAUGGAACGAAACCAUCGUCGGUAAGUGUCGGGAAUGGACAGAGGAAGAGAUAGAGACAGCAGCUGUCUUAUGCUUGGUCUACGGCAAGUUCAUUGAGGUCUGGAGGCAGAAGGAGGCUGCGCUACAGAAUAGCCAGCUUACUCGAUUGCUCCUUGCGAAUUCCGCACACGAAGUGCGGACGCCCUUGAACGCAAUCAUCAACUAUCUGGAAAUUGCUCUUGAAGGCAGUCUGGAUCAGGAGACGCGCGACAACCUAGCGAAAUCUCAUUCGGCGUCGAAAUCACUCAUAUACGUGAUCAAUGAUCUCCUUGACCUCACUAAGACUGAGAAAGGAGGAGAACUCGUUAAAGAUGAGGUAUUCGAUCUUGCAGCCACAUUAUAUGAAGCGACAGACAUGUUCAAAGGCGACGCAAGGCGGAAGAAUCUGUCCUAUGAAGUGUCAGACAUCCCUGGGCUACCUGGCCAAGUCAUCGGCGAUCAACGAAGAGUGCGUCAGGCCAUCAGCAAUGUCACUGCAAACGCGAUACAGAACACAUCCGAGGGCAGCGUCAAGGUGGAGAUGUACGUUGCCUCACGAAGCGAAGGCCACGUCGAUAUCGAGAUUAGUGUGGCUGACACUGGUGUCGGAAUGAGCUCCAAGAAGCUUGAUGCUUUGUUCCGCGAGUUAGAGCAGGUGCAAACCGAGACGGAGAACAUACUUGCAGAACCAGUUAUCACUGACAAGGCACUGCCGGAAGCUACCAAGAAGGACGAAGCAAGAACGCUCGGACUAGGGCUGGCUGUCGUUGCGCGGAUAGUCAGGAAUAUGAAUGGACAACUGCGGCUGAAGUCUGAGGAAGGCAAAGGGUCACGAUUCGUGAUACAGUUCCCAUUCAAUCUACCGGAUACGGAAUCAAACCAGCAGGCUCUCGAGAGCGCUGACACACAAGGUUCAGUAACUCCUCAUGCCGAGCUCACAGAACACCCGCAGACUCCCCCCAUCGAGGGCAUGGUAACAUUGAUUGAACGUGGCAGUGGCACACGGCGAAAUUCCGGGGGACACAGGAAUACACUCUUUCGAAAGAACAGUGCCGAGAGUGCAACUAGCAAAAGGAGUAUGGGUAGCACGAUGUCGGGCCGGAGCGCACUCAGCAUGUCUUCGAACAUCAGUGGCAAGAGCGAGGCUGACAGGCUGAUUGAUGCUAUUUCAGAACCGCAUCGAGUUCAUGGCCAUACCGUGCAGCGGUCGAAUAGCCGCGGGUCCAACCCCGGUAGACGGCCGUCACUUGAGAAGCGGCACACUCUUACCAGUAUUGAUGGUGCCGGCUCGCCAUACAAGACUCGCCCCAAGAGUGCAGAGAUCAUGCAGGGCUCCGCGCACACUAUUGCAGCGACGAGGGCAUCUCUGCCGGGUGAGAGUCUCGUCGCUGAUUCUGGCCAGCCAAUCCGACCGGUGCGCAUGCCAAACGAUUAUCAGGACUCGCCUGCCGCUGCACGGCCAUCUUCACAGCCCUUGCCCGCGUCGACUGCAGAACCUACAAGUGGCCUUGUGGAGUUGAAACCCAAUACCUCGACAGAAAAUGCAAUGAAUGCGGGGCACAUGCGUGUCUUGGUAGCGGAAGACGAUCCCGUUAAUAGUCGCAUCAUCAAAAAACGUCUGGAGAAAUUGGGACACGAAGUGUUUUUGACCGUCAAUGGAGAAGAAUGCGCGAGCACUUAUUGUGACAAAGCUGCGUUCUUCGACAUCGUCCUUAUGGAUAUGCAGAUGCCCAUUGUCGACGGUCUAACAUCGACCAAAAUGAUUCGAUCUUAUGAGAAGUCACAUCCGGCAAGUGUACUCUCGGAUAGAGCUGCCCUCAAUGGUCGUGUUCCCAUCAUUGCUGUGUCGGCUUCACUGAUCGAGAAAGAACGACAAGUCUAUAUCGACGCUGGCUUUGAUGGGUGGAUUCUGAAGCCAAUCUCGUUUCCACGCCUUUCAGAGAUCAUGGAAGGGAUCGUAGACAAGCAGACGCGUAAGGCCAAUCUAUAUAAGCGCGGUUCCUGGGAGCGCGGUGGAUGGUUCCACGAAGGUCAACAGUCUGCACUGGCUGCUGAUACACGACCAAGUGGCGAACCACCACAGCAAGCUCCUGGUGCCUCGACUCUAUCCGACGGAGUGAAGAUUGCUGCCGUUGCAGAUGACCCUGCUGCCAAGGAAGAGGACCACAGCAAACAGAGCGAGGAGCAAAUACGAUUGCUUGAGGACCAGAAAACGAAGCAGGAGGAGCAACUUCCGUGA